AGCAUUGCCGUGAGAGCCCCGCUCCUCCAGCUCUACUGUACCGUGCACGGCCUGCUGCUGCAGCUACAGCUAAUACUGGCGGAGGCGAGAAUGACACCGGCGCUCUCCUGCAGCCAGACGACCUGAUCGCUACGACGGAUCCGUUUUACUUUCGAGAUUUCAAAAGACACCUCAACGAUGGCGUGCGUCAUUCCACCUCCACGGACACAUUUUGUCGCGGCUGUCCUUACAUUCAUGGCUCUGUGGGGAUGCGCGCUUUCCAUCAACCGGUACUCGAUUCCGGAGGAGAUGGAAGUAGGCUCCUUUGUUGCCAACCUUGCCACGGAUUUGGCUCUGGAUGUCCGCAGUUUCGUGCUGCGCAACGCAAAGCUCGAUGUCAUCCACAGCAAAAAUUACAUCGACAUCAACAAAGAAACAGGGGAGCUGGUGAUACGGGAGAAGAUCGACCGGGAGAGCAUAUGCAUGACUAAAGCGACCUCGUGCUUUAUGAAAAUGGAUGUCAUACUGGAAAACCCCAUUCGCAUUUUUAACAUCGAGUUGGAAAUCAUGGACAUCAACGACAACGCGCCGGUGUUCCGUAGAAGGACCAUGCACUUGGACAUAUCGGAGGCGACCCCUCCCGGUGAGCGAUUUUCAUUGACAAACGCCGUGGAUGCGGAUGUGGGGGCGAACUCAAUCAAGACCUACUAUCUCAGCGAAAGCCGGUACUUCAACAUCGACAUACAAUCCGGCAGCGACGGCUCCAAAUAUGUCGAUUUGGUGCUUAAUGGUCAGCUGGACCGAGAGGAGCACACGAUUCAUAAUUUGAUUUUAACCGCUGUGGAUGGAGGGGUGCCUCCCCGCUCCGGCACAGCCAGCAUCGUUAUCAACGUCCUGGACAUCAACGACAACGCCCCCCUGUUCAGUGAGCCGGUGUUUGCGGUUGACGUCUCGGAGAACACCGCCGCGGGCUCGGUGGUCAUGACAUUAAACGCAACGGACUUGGAUGAAGGCACAAACGCUCAGCUAAUGUACUCCUACACGCUGUACACCUCGGAGAAGACUCAAGAGCUCUUCUCGCUUGAUCCAAACACAGGUGAGGUCAAGGUGAAGGGGGUGAUCGACUUUGAGGAGGACCAGAGCUUUGAGAUGCACAUACAGGCUCAGGACGGAGGCGUGAACCCCAAGGCAGGGCACUGUAAAAUCACGGUUUUUGUCACAGAUCUGAAUGAUAACUACCCCGAGGUGACCAUAAAGUCUGUGAAAAGUUCCCUGACGGAGGACGUCUCUGUGGGGACACUGAUAGCCGUGAUCAGCGUCAGCGACAGGGACUCUGGAGCCAACGGGCAGGUGGAGCUUGCCUUGAAUCAGCAGGAAUCUUUACCGUUCCUCCUGAACAAAUCCUCAGAGGGUUACUUCGAGCUGCUGGUUUCAAAGCCACUGGACAGAGAGGUAAGAAGCAAGUAUGACAUCACGCUGAGGGUGACCGACAAAGGCUCGCCGCCCUUAUCUGAAAACGAAACCAUCACCUUGGAGGUUCUGGAUAUUAACGAUAACACACCCGCAUUUUCCCAGUCCUUCUACACAAUCCAUGUCGUGGAAAAUAAUCUACCUGGGGCGUUAUUGACAUCUCUUAGUGCGUUUGACCCCGAUCUCAACGAGAACCAGUACUUAGUCUAUUUCAUAAUGGAGAAGGAGAUUGUUAACACGUCAAUGUCAAUGCUGUUUUCCAUCAACCCUGAGAAUGGUGAUCUCUAUGCCCUGAAGACCUUUGACUAUGAGAGAGAGAGGGAUUUCCUCUUUCACAUCGAAGCUCGAGACUCUGGUGUUCCCCCACUGAGCAGCAAUGUGACGGUUCACAUCAUCAUCCUGGACCAAAACGACAACACCCCUGUCAUAGUGUCACCUUGGCGGGCGCAGGGCUCUGUGGUAGAGGAGGUCAUACCAAGGUCUACGGAUAAGGGGCACCUGAUCGCCAAAGUGAUUGCCAUUGAUGCCGACUCUGAGCAGAACGCGAGGGUCACAUAUCAGCUCCUGCAGAUCAGCGACGCCAGCCUUUUCAGCCUGGAUCAGUACAACGGGGAGAUCCGGACAUCAAGGAUGUUCAGUUACAGAGACCCAAGACAGCAGCGGCUGGUGAUCGUCGCCAAAGACAACGGUCAGCCCGCUCUCUCAGCCACCGUCACUAUCAAGAUAUCGACGGUGGAACACGUCAGGUCCUUUUCAGAGACCACAGAGCUGCCGCUAGAGUAUGACGUCUUCACGGACCUAAACCUGUACUUAGUCAUCGGUUUAGGGGCUGUCUCAUUUCUUCUACUGAUAACCAUCUUAGUUAUUAUUGUGUUGAAGUGUCAAAAGCCAAAGCCAAAGGCCUUCAAGAUUCCCCCCGCCAACAGAAACAGUGUGGUCAGCAGGAACAGCGUAAUCAGCCAGAGAAGCUCCACCAUCGCAGAUUCCACCUUGAUCUCCAGCGAUGCCUACUGGUACAGUUUGUUCCUUGCUGAGACCAGGAAAGGCAAAGUGGUCAUGAGACAGCCGAUAAUUCCCAAAGGAGCUGGGUAUUUUGUGUCCAGUAUACCCAGGAGCAUAGGGCCAAGUGAGACCACAGACUCCAGAGCAUCCACACUGGAGUACUCAAAAUGACAGGAAGUCCAUUCUACAACUGGAGCAGCUGCCCAGAAGAGAACGGCCAUGAUAUAAUCGUAUCUUCACGAGAAGUCUCUGACUGGAAUGUUUCCCUGUGACUCAUAAAGAAGAUGUGAAACAUCUGUCCACCCUCAGUCCCUCCGCUCCAACUUGUUCUUUCUCUCUAGCAAAUAGCAACAUCGACCACGAACCACCUCAGCUUUCUACCUUCUUUUGUCUCUUAAGCAUGGAUCUGCAUGAUUCUACAAUAUUUGAAAUAUUUGGACAUAGGAUUGAAAUCAUUUAUGGCAAGACAUUUUGACAUUGCUCUCAGACGUUGCCUCAUGUAGUAAAUAAUUCCCUCCCUAAAGCGUUAAAACUCCUCGGUGGACAUAUUUGCCUUCUCUCCAGGGUUUACUCUGUGUGCUGUAGUUCUAGAACCCAUCAGUAGGUUAACAUAUACAUAAGUCGCAAUCAUGCAACCUUUUAUAAGCAAGAGCUGAAAACACGCCUAUUCACAAAUACACGUAUGAACCAGGGUGAAUAUGAUUCUUCCGUAAAAGGCUGAUAAAUGCUGAACUGUAGCUGGUCACUGAUUCAGGCUUUUCACUCGGUGUUGAUCUUUUCUGAAUAGUAUUUUCUACCGUAUCAUGAGUCUUUCUACUCAGCAAGAUUCAGAGUCAAUUCGUAACUUGCUGAUAAAAUAUUCACUGAUCGGACUCUUUUUUUUUUACGAUGUUUGUUCUAUUCAACAGUGAUGAAUGUGUGAAAUGACAAAAAAAGAAUGAAAGAAAGCAAAAAAAAAAACGACAUCCAUAAUUCUAACUUUAUUUGAUUGUAGAUAAUUUAGUUCAAUUAAAAUUAUAUGAGGUCAGAGAUGCAAAUGACUUUUGAUGACCUCACUAACAUCAGGUGGUCAGUUCAUAGCGUAUUGACAUAUGUGUUGUUAUAUUUAAAUCGGACACAUUGUUAUCUAGCAGUAUUCGGGAGUUACAAAAUACAGUGUUUGAGGUUGAAUGCAGGAGGUAUGUCCUCAUAAGUUUCUUAUUCAGAGGCUCUAUGACAUCACACACAAAUUCCCACCAAUAGAUCGCUACCGAAUAUUUACCGCAAUAAUUCAAUGCACACAGUGCGAAAAAUGUAAGAAAAUAUAAUGAGCGGGAAAAAAAAAUGUUAAACUAUGAAAAUGUAUGACCUUUACCAUGGUACAAGGGGGUAUUCGAUCCAUUUAUAGUAUUUAUUUAUAAAUAUUCCUGUUUUUAUAGAUAUUUUAUGUAACUACAUUUUAUUGCUGCUUUUGUGAGCUUCUUCAAGGGCAUUUUGUGUUGCAUAUUUGUAGUUUAGUGCAUAUGAUGUAAUUUUGCCUAUAUAAGUUACAAAUUGAAACUAGAGUACUUUUGUUGACCUCAGAAGGUAGUGGUGUUGCACUACUGUGAAGACCAGGACUUACAUUUCUCAGACAAGGUGCUCAUGAGGACCACUUAUUAGGGUGCUAAAUAAUAGAGCCUAAUUCUGUGAGGUAGGGAGACGGGAUUGAGUGAAGGGGAGCAAAUUGCUAGUUCUAGUUACAGUAUUCUAGAGCUGACUCUGCAAGUAAAAAAAAAUAGGCAAUGCAUAAGAAGUAUUAAGCAGAUCACAGCACUUUGAAAUAUGCACCACAUAUAAAUGUGAUCGCAGCACUCACUCGGUAAUGCAGCUGAGAGAGAACAUUUCUGAGUAAGUGAAAUCUAACCUCCCUCUCUCUCUCUCUCACUCUCCCCCACUGAUGCCUGGUGCUGGUGGUGCACCAGCCAUCCCAGACAUAAUCACAGCUGUCUGUCAGACUAAAGAUGUCACUUAAUGAGGGAUCUCUUGCUGUGGAGUACAUGUUAUGUGUGCAAUCAACGCCUGAACCGGUUGAAUCCAACAGUGUUUAUGAAAGAAUAUUUUAAUGAAUUGCACAUACGAUGAGCUCCUUGCGUGCCUUCUGCAUUGAAAAAGAUAUAUGUGACUGUUGUUGAAUGAAAUAAAGGCAUGUCAUACAUUACAAAUUACAAAAACGACAGUACCCAAAUGACGAACACGUUGCUGAAUACGAGCUCAGCCUUUUGGUUUCAUGUUCUACUGAGAACCGGUAAAUGCAUUUACUGUAAAUUGAACUGCUUUAUACUCUGUGUUUUUUAUACAUUAGACGUUUUUGAUAUCUAUCUGUCUUCACUGUGAUCAAAUGGCGCAGGAGGUCCUUGUGCUUGGUAUAGUAAAAAUGUGUUAUUUCUCAAUUGUAUACACCUAAUUUUUUUUCUUCUGCUAAUUUGCCAGUAAAAUUGUACAGUAUGCUUUGGGAGUUGCAUCAAAACCAAUCCAGUUCCAUCUCACUUAGUGGAUCAAAGACAGUAUGGGAGAGAAUGGUCUCGCUUUAUUUUCAAGUCUAGUUAAUUGUCAAGUUUUUGAUGUUGCUUAUUUGGCUUAAAUGUUCUGCCUGAUCAUGCUAGUUUGAAUAAAGCAUUUUAGUGUCU